UUUGAUUGUGCAGCUUCUUGUUUUGACUGACGAGGCUUUCACUCACCAAUUACGCGUGUGAUUCAUUGUUUAAAACUUGUAUGACAAUGUGCUAGCUUUGAAAUCGUUUCCAUUCACACGGAAAGAGUGCUUUAAUGUAAUGCACUUAGAGUGGAAACUUAACCUUCAUCCCGAAGGACUAAAACAUCACUAGUUACUUCCUGUUUGUAUUUGUGCUAGCCUUUUGUUGUUAUAAUUGAUUUGUGUACAUUACCUAAAUUUGCUUUUGUCAUGUUUGGAUUGUUUCGUUUUGGUGUUUUUAAGGCACGGUUCUAAGAAAUGAUGUGUUCUGCCAACCUGCACAAUAUCGCCUAGUAUGGAGCAAGAGAGAAUACACUCAUUGAAACAUGACCCAUCUGACUGGCUUGGAUUUGGCUCCAUUGACUCAAAUGAGGAAGCACGGCGAUUUUUUGCCGAAGCAAGAGAGAGGUUUGCUAAGCAUUCCUCUGGCUCAGAUAUGUUUGAUAAGUUUGUGCGUGAUCAUGAGCACAGAUUCUCACAGCGCUUUUCUCACUUUUUAGACAUAUCUAGGGACUUCAACACCACACAACAUCCUGUCAGUAGUCUCAGCAUUCAUGAAGACCCAAUCUCUGAGGCAUUUCCUGAGGUGACACCAGGGUUGCCUUUGAGUGGCAAUUCUUUUCCCCGGUUCCCAAGUUUUGGACGGUUCCCUCGGCCUCGCUUCAGUCACAUUCUCAUGGGAUCUCCAACCCAUUCCCCAAACAUUUCACCAUCAUGGGGCGAAUCUGAGAAAAUAGAACUUUCUCGUAGUACUUUCUACCGUACCCAUAUUAAUUCCUACAGAUUCAGUUCUGACCAAAUUAACAACUGUUAUGAAGCUUAUGAAUCAGAAUCAGAAAGCGAAGAUGAAGAAUCUGCAGUGUCUGCCAUUCAAAGUCCUGUGGCAAGAAAAGCCAUUGAAGCAGAGCCAUGUGGUGAAAGUAUUGCACCAAGUGAAAUCAGUGCCAGUGGCAGCGAGGUAGAUGCACAGAAAACUCCUGACCAAACACCAGAACAGCGGAAGGACAGACUUUUCCGAUUAGCCAAUGAGCUCCUCAUGACAGAGCGUAGUUACGUUAGUGUGCUUAACCUUAUUGACCAGGUUUUUCAUUUCCGUGUUGAUCAUGAAAACAGAGCUCAUCCCAUGUUCCCCCAGGAAACUGUACCACAUAUGUUUUCUAACAUCAAGUCCAUCUACAAAUUACACAAUGAAUUUCUUCUACCACAGCUUGAGGAGCGAAUGAAAUCUUGGGAUCUUGAUCCACGCAUAGGUGACAUUAUGAAAAUUUUUGCACCGUUCCUGAAGCUUUACACUGAAUAUGUGAAAAAUUUUGAUAGUGCUAUGAGUCUAAUAAAUAUGAUGCAAAUGAAGAACUCUCGCUUUGCUGCUAUCAUGCAUGAAAUCCAUCAAAUGCCAGAAUGUGGAAAUCUCACCCUCACUCAUCACAUGCUAAGUCCCAUUCAAAGAAUACCUCGGUAUGAGCUUUUACUGAAAGACUACCUGAAAAAACUCUCUGAUGAUUCAAAUGACAGGACCGACACAGAAAGGGCUCUUCAUCUUGUUUCAUCUGCAGCAAACCAUGCAAAUGAAGCCAUGAAGAAAAUAUCUCAGUUCCAACAACUUUUGGAGAUUCAAGAGAAUAUAUCAGGCGCGGUUGACCUAGUAAGCCCAACACGUGAGCUCCUGCGAGAAGGAAAAGUGCAUAAAAUAUCUGCUCGUAGUGGGGAUCACCAAGAACGAUACCUUUUUUUGUUCAGUGAUGUCUUACUACUUUGCUCACCUCGUCUCAUUUCCAAUCGAGUCAUCUCUGGUCCCACUUAUCGCCUUCGAGUGAAAUUUGAUGUUGAAAGUCUUCAGGUUUUAGAGGGAGACAACAUGGAAACUGAAAAUACCUUUUAUGUCCAAGCCUACAGUAAAAAGGUUGAACUUUACACCCAGACAUCAGAUGAAAAACUGGCGUGGCUUGAUGCCCUCUGCACUGCAGUGCAAGAGCUUUACAAAAGAAAGUCCUCACUUAGGAUAAGCCCGGAGUCGAGCAAUGGCAAUGGUUGUGUGGCAGGUCAAGGUGCGGAGAGCUCAAAGUAUGGGUCCUUAGACUCUGACUUGGGCAAAAGAGCUCCAACUUUGGUGCAAAUGGACACAGUCAGUCGCUGCAAAGACUGCGCCAGUAGUUUUGGUGUAAUGCGACGAAAGCACCAUUGCCAUGCCUGUGGACUGGUUGUUUGUGGAAAGUGUUCUGGUCAUAAAUUACCACUGCAAUUUGAAGAUAACAAAAUGUGUAGAGUUUGUCAAACUUGUCACAAGGUAUUAACACAGAGAUCCGCUCCUAAUAGUCCUGAAAUUUCCUCAAGUUCUGCAGCAGGAUUUUCUCGGGGGAAGGGUGUUUUGGAGGUUGCAGCCAAGGCCCCAUGUGUGCUGAGUGGAUACAUGCAACUCAAGACUUCCAAGUCCUGGGUGCCUCGGUGGUUUGCCCUGCACUCAGACUUUGUGCUGUACUCAUUCAGAUCUCACACAGACAGGCAAGCUAUGACAGCCACGCCUGUACCUGGUUUCACUGUUUCAUUGGUGUUAGACAACAAAGGUGAACCAGAACCUGGCAAAGAAAAGACAUUUAAAAUGUUCCAUAAAAAGAAAACAUAUUACUUCCUAACAAAUUCGAGAGAAGAUACAGAGAGGUGGGUGCGAGUGUUGGAAUUAGCGUCUCACGCUGAACUACCAUCUCCGGAUGGCUCAAACACUAAAAGUUAAAGAUACAAACGUAAUUGUGGACUAGUCAGUAUUGCUGUUUUAUUUAUCUUUCAAAGCCUUUCGAAAGGCCAUGAACUUUUCCUCCUUUAAUAUAGAAAUUAUUUCAUUGAGUGCUUUGAGAAUAUCAUAAAUAUGGAGUGGACAAGUAAUGAUGUGAUUGGUAUUAUUGUUCAUAAUGUAUCCAACUGUUAUGUGAGUCCCAAAGAAUGAUUGAGUCUUGGCUGGCAUUGCCUCUCAUUAAUGUAGUCUUUGCUUGCUCCAAAUCAUGUUCAGUAAUGAAGGGAGAUCUCAUUUGUAAAUGCUUUAGUUUGAACUUAAUUCAAGUGUGUUUGUUCUAACAUAUCACCAUGCUGUCAUGCAUUUAGUUUGUUCUAUGUUAGGCCUUUAAUUCUGAUGAGUUCUUUACAAGCAGAAAGAGUAUGCUGUUGUCUCGUAUGUCUGGUACCAUUCUUCAUUUGAGUUCAUGUUAGAUCUUAGAAACACACCAUUCACUUUUCCUGUGUAGUCUGUUCAUGGAUCACGUUUUAUGUUGUAUAAAUAUCUCUGGACCAUCAUAGAGAUGCUACUCAGGUUUUAGUUUAGUUUUAAUAAAUCAGUUUUAGAUUGCCUGCUUUUUUUUAAGGCUGUGGUUCAAUAUCAUUUGCAUGCUUAACCAAUCUGGUGUAUGCUUAGAAAUAAGUACCCCUAAUUGCUUAUGGUCUUUUCUUAUAGGAAGACUUACUUGCACUCUUUGCUGUUUUUGCAAAGUCAAAUUGUUAACAAAUUGUUUCAAAAUUUAGAUAAAUUUAUAAGGCUUCAAGCACAAUUGCCAAACAAACAAUUUUUUUUUUUGCUAUUGCUUUCUAUAAAAUUUUUGAAGUAAUAGUCUGAUUGAUUAUAAAAGUACAAUUAAAUUAAUCAUGUUAUGACGCUGUCACUUAUUCUUAAACUGGAAAGAAAAACAAUUCUUUCUAGUUGGUGCUUGGUGCCCAUUCUUGAAAAAAUGUACUCUUUUCUGUUGAGUGUGUCUAUAAAGCACAGCAAUAUGUGUUUAGUAUGUGAUAUUGUAGGAUAGAUUUUGUUCAACACUCAUGUAUGAUAAAAUGUUUUGAGAGAAAACAAACUCCCGAGUGAUGGUAACUUGGGACUGCUGGUGAUUCAGCUUAGUAUUAUGCCUAGUGUCCGGACGAUGGCCAUUAGUUUCAUUUGAAUUCAUUUAGUCCAUGUAGUUAUUACGUGCAUGUUUUGUGAUUAAUUCAUAUCAUUUUUCACCACUCAACAAGUCUCCACAGUGGCCAAACUUGUGAAUGCCAUUACUCUCUGUUGCUACAUCCUAACCACAGAAUAGCACAGUUACUGAUGUUUAAAAUUUAUUUGCUGCAUUUACAGCAACUUUGUCAAUUUCCAGUGAACAAUAUAGCAUUUCUUUUAGAAAUGCUAUGGGAACAUGUAAGACUGAGUUGAACUGCCGUUUUUUUUACUAACUUCAAAAUUAAUUGAUAUGGUUUCAAAAACACUUUUGUUUACUAAACUUUUUACUCCAAUCUUUACCAGUAUCUUUGUUACUCCUUUGUGAAUUUUCCCUUUUUAGCAAAGUAGUACUUCUUUUGUACAGUUUUAUAACAAUCUUAAAUUACUAGUUUCUUUAACCUUUCGAUAUUAGUAUUACCUUUGUGAAGGGAAGUUAGUAAAUGACUUGUUGAGUGCAAUUAGUGUUAAUGCUGCAUGUUUUCAGAAACUAGUUACUGGUAUGUGGGCUUACACAUUACUGUGUAAUAUUCGGCUAGAGUUGUCAGUGUUUUAGAAAGCUUUAUUCACAGCGAGAUGUUUUAUAUUUGUUUUACUCAUUUGAUGUUGUUAUAUCUGUCAAAUUAUCUCCUGCUGUUUUGUUUUGGUUUUUUUGACAAAUUUUUAAUUUAUCUUUUUCAAGAUAAGUUUCUCUCUUUCUGAGGAACACUGUCCACUGUGGAGGUGCUUGAAAUUUGUGUGAUAUGUGGAAAUUCCCCUUAUGUUGUCAUUCUGUCUUUCACUAUAUUCUGGGUGGUCCUCCAGAGGGCUUGUGUAGGUUAGCCUACUGCAGACGAGCUCGCUGAGGACAUUUUUAGUAACAGUGUCUUAGGCGUUCUCUGGUGGGCCAGCCUUUAUUUCCGCCAUUAGACAUGUGAUGAUGCCAUACUGCAAAUGGGAUAUCAUGUUUUCCAAGAUAAUAAUUUUUAUUUUGGGGUAAAAAAGUGGCCAACCUCGCAAAUUUUUUUUAUCAUUGUAAUCAUAUUGUGACUGUUACUUUUAUCAAAAUCAUCCUAAUCUGGUUUGUUGUUUGGAAACUUUUUCCCCAAUCAAGUUGUGAAAUUCCCCUGUAAGAAGCUGUGUUAAUUUUUUCCCCCCAGACCGAAAUGUACAUCUUAAUACUUAAUGUUAUUGUUCUAUUAUUGUUUCUUUUUUUAAUUCCUGACUUAAAUGCAGGAUGUGUCUACAGUUUUAUUUACAUUUAAGGUUGUGUGGUUACCAUUGCAAAUAACUGCCAAAGACAUCACACAUUUUGUGGUAAUAUAGUAUUCAUUUAUUUAGGUUUAGGCUAACUCUUUUAGCAUGUGUAAUGCUUGCUGCCUUAACCGCAAAGCUGGCAUUAGAAAUCUUUGCAAUAAUUAUUGUGGUGUAUACCAGUUAAGGUUCGUCAAUAUUCACCCUCAUACAUCAAGGAGUCUAGAGAUAAAUUAGAAAAUCUACUACCAGAAGCACUGGCUGCAAUAGGCAUAGUGUGAGAGUUAUGAUAGGCACUUUUCAAAGCUUCAGUUUUAAUGUGGCCUGUGUUAUCAUCUAUGUUUGCCCUGGUUGAAACUUACAUAGUUUAUAUGGUGUAGUCCUCUGGACUGACUGACUGUUAUUAUGAGCUGGUGGAAAAAUGAGUUAAUGCUUCCUUAGGGGGUCUUUGCAUAAUUCUGGUUUACUGACCUUCUAAAUGUGAAAGUGAAACUCCAGUUUACUUCUACAUAUGAAUAAUGUCCAGUAAUCAUUUAUCAGGGAUGACAAAAACAUGCAACAGCUCCUAAACAAACUAGUAAGAAUGACCAUUUCCCCUAUUCAUGUAGAGGAUGCGUGCAUAAGCUUCUUUUAAGUUUGCUUAACCUACCUGUGCACAUUAUGCACUGCUUACCUUUUGUGUCCUUUUCAUCCCUGAUUAAAUUAAUGAUGUAUCAAUUGUCUCACACACUGAUAUGUUGCGCAUUUGGUAUGUUGAUCAUACUGAUAAAUGAAAAUUUUAUAUGUUGAUAUUGAAAGGUUUAAUUUGAUAUUAUUUGGAAUUUUCCUGGAGCAUGAUCACCAGUGAUAAUGUUAAGUGCUAUGCCACAAUAUUUUUUUGGUUUGAACAAAGUGUUUUAUCUCUAACGCUUCUGUGCUCCAUUUUUAGUAUACAUUGUAUUAAUCAAUUUUGUGAAACUAUCAUGAAAUUGUGGUCAAAUUUAACCCAUGCCAUUGUCUAUUUCAUGCCCUGAAAGUGCAGUCUUCAAAAUUAGGCAUUUCUAGGUAUUAUUUGUAAAGACUGUAUCUACUUAGUCAAACCUAUCCACUGUAUGUAUUCGAAUCCAAAAUACUCUGAUUUUACCUGUAUCACAGACUGAAAUUACCUUUUUUCAAAUUACCCUUUUUUAUGCCUAUUUUGAUAAACUUAUGUACAGGGUGGUUUAAAUUGAUCUGUGGGAAACUCAGUAUAGUUCACCUACUCUUCCUUUGAAAUUUCUGUAGAUCAUACUAAACUACCCUGAUUCUUUUGAGUGUUUGAUUAAAAUCUAAAGGUUGGCUCCAAUGACCGGUUUUGUGGUUAUUAUUGACAUGAUUUUGGCAUCCAAAUUUUAGACUCUGAUGUUACCCAAAUUUUCAUAAGAUUCCAUAAUACUUGUAUAACUAAAGUAAUUCUAUUGGAUUUAAGCAGUCAAUUAGUUGAAGGUUGGUUUGUUCGUGGGAAUGUUCGAAGAAGAUUGUUGAGUUUAAGCAUUGCCAAUCUUAUUAGUUUGCAAUUGUUAAAAAUAAUUUGAGGGCAUUGCUUAAACAAUGUGCGUUAUUGCAAAAACGAAAUAAAACAAAAUAAAAGUUAGAACUAACUGAAA